UGCUAAUUUCUGCAUCUCUGCAGCCUUUUAGAGACAUCAACGUUUAUGGCUUCGUGGUGUAUCAAAAGAGGCCAAAGGGUACAGUUAAAGAAUGAUACGAUAAUAAAGACCAAUUUCCAUCAACAACGAACAGGAUAUUUAUGGAUUUCAAUGAAAAGACAUAACGAGAAAAAACGAGAAAUUGCGUUAUUUUGUAGUGAUAGUAAACAAGAUGGAAGACAAAAACAAGAUUGUACACGAAAACUGAGAAAAAUUAAAUUACACCUUCUGUGGAAUAAUCGGAUGGUAAAGUUUUCAAAGCAUAAAUAAGAAAGCUACAAAACAUUGAUUGGUGGAUCGAACAGUAAUUGAGUUAGCUGUAAUACAAAAAUGAGUGAAUGUGGCGGUGACUGGGAAAUGUCUGAGGACACCUUUUAACAAUACGAGAAGAAUUAGAAUAGAAUACCAAUGCUUCCUUUACCUUGAAUUUAUUUAAAUGUGCUAGAAUUAUAUCACAAUGUUAGUUAGUAGGUAUCAACCUAUCCUAUAUCUGCAGUAUUUAUUGCUGUUGAUAGACCUGGUGAUGAACUCUUUUAAUGAGAUGUUAAGAUUUGAAAAUGUGAUCCUGUUAGUGCUUUAUGUAAUACAAGACGUAUGUAUAGUUUUUGCUGUAAUUGUAGUGUUUCUUCUGUUCUUCAAUACAUACAUCUUCCAAGCUGGUUUAGUUAACAUUCUUGUCAACAAAUUUAAAGUGGCAAUAUUAGUGACAUUUGUUUACUUUAUACUGUGUGUAGCCUUACAUGUUUGGGGAAUGACAAUAAGAUGGGAUGAACCAAAUAUGUUUGUUUGGGAUAGAACUGGUUAUAGAGUUUUACAUAUUUUCCAAAGAACAGGAGCGGUUUUAUACUAUUAUUACUAUAAAAGAACUGCAUUAAAAUUAGGUGAUCCACGUUUCUAUCAGGAUUCUGAUUGGAUAAGAAAAGAAUUUGAAAGAAGACGAUGAGUGAUAUUUCAUGUGAAUGUUUCUAGGAAUAAGUGAAUGAUAUACUCAUUGUCUACUGGAUUAUCACAUAAAUUUCAAUUGUAUGUGAAAGAUUUCCCUCCAGAGUACACAUGACACCGGCAUAAAUAUAUUGAAUUACUAUUAAAUCAAACAUUGAAUGAUAAUAUUGUAUUUACAUAUUUUAAUUUGUUUAUUUUUUUAAUAUAAAAUGAUUUAAUUUUUGGAACCUUGUGCAUUAAUGAUUUUAUAUAACAAAAGCCACAAGUACUCCUAAUCUAUCUUCUUUUUUUUUCUUAACACUAUCUGUUCUACUCAUUUAUUUCUAAGAAAAAUGUUUGGAGAAUUUUUAUUUUAUGUACAAACAUUUAGAAUAGUAAAUGACUGGAAUAAUGGUUGUAAUUUUCCAAACAUAGAUCAAAAAAAAUGACAGUGCAAGUCUUAAAUACAUAGAUAGUAGAAAGAAUCCAAUUUUCCGAUUGUUGUUAUACGCCCACAUUUUAAUGUGGACGUAUAUUGUCGUCGCCCCUGUCCGUCCGGACGUAAGUAUGUCUGGACAUCCGUCCGUCCACAAUUGUUUGUGGACUCACUACAGGUCACAAUUCUUAUCCGAUUUUGAUGAAAUAUGAAAUAUAGGUUUAUCCCUAAAAGAUCUCGGCUGCUUUCGAUAUUGGCAUGUAUCGGAUCGAAACUUCAUGGAUUAUGGCCCCUGAUUGUACAAAAAAUCAUGUUUUUAGCUUGUGGAGCCUGUAGAGAUCACAAUUUUGAAAGAAUUUUGAUGAAACUUGACAUGCAUGUUUAUAACCCAAAGAUCUUGGUUCCUUUCGAGAUAUGCGCCCAUUGGAACGUAACUUCCUGAAUUAUUAUCCGAUUUAAAAAAACGUUUAAUUAUAUCACCGUUACACCGUAAGGAAGGUUGAGUUGGAAUUUUGUGAAAAUCAGACCAAAAUUGCCGGACAAAAUGGCCACCGUUUGUACGCGAAUAGUGUAAAAAUAUGGUAUAUCAAGGUUGUGGACCCUGUAGAGGUCACAAUUUUAAUUUGAUUUUGAUGAAACUUGAAAUGUAUGUUUAUAACCUAAAGAUCUUUGUUCCUUUCGAUAUUUUGGCAUAUCGGAUCGUAACAUCCUUAAUUAUGGCCCCUGAUUAUACGAAAAAUCACCUUUUUAUACUCCCACAUUUUCAUGUGGACGUAUAUUGUCGUCGCCCCUGUCCGUCCGUCCACAAUUGUUUGUGGACACUCUACAGGUCACAAUUCUUAUCUGAUUUUGACGAAACUUGAAAUAUAGGUUUAUCACCAAAAGAUCUUGGCUGCUUUCGAUAUGGGCAUGUAUCGGAUCGAAACUUCAUUGAUUAUGGCCCCUGUUUGUACGAAAAAUCACGUUUUUAAAUUGUGGACCCUAUAGAGGUCACAAUUUUUAUCCGAUUUUGUUGAAACUUGAAAUGCAAGUUUAUAACCCAAAGAUCUCGGUUCCUUUCGAUAUUUGCACAUAUCGGAUUGUACGGAAAAUCGCGUUUUUAGCUUGUGGACCCAUUAGAGGUCAUAAUUUUUACACCCUAAGGACAGCUGAGUUCAAAUUUUGUUCAAACUUGAAAUGUAAGUUUAUAAUCCAAAGAUCUCGGUUCCUUUCGAUAUUCGUGCAUAUCGGACCAUAACUUCCUGAAUUAUGGCCUCCGAUUGUACGAAAAAUCGCUUUCUUUUUAGCUUGUUUUCUAUCCAUUUCUCGCAAAUGUGGGCGUAUCCUGCCUGGCAGCCGCUGGUUGUCCGAUUUGAUGAAACUUAAAACAUAUCUUUAUAUCCCAAAGAUCUCAGUCCCUUUUGAUAUUUGCACAGUUCAGGCCAUAACUUUCUGCAUUAUUGCCCCUGAUUGUUUUUAGCGUGUCCUCUAUCCAUCUCUUGGAAAAUCUGGGCGUAUCCUGUCUGGCAGCCGCUGGUUUAGCUUGUGGUCCCUCUGGAGGUCACAAUUAUUAACGGAUUUUAAAAAAAACGUUUAAUUAUAUCACCAUUACACCGUAAUGAAGGUUGAGUUCGAAUUUCGUGAAAAUCGGAUGAAAACUGCCGGACAAAAUAGCCGCCGCCUGUACAUGAAUAGUAUAAAAAUAUGGUAUAUCAAGGUUGAAGACCCUGUAGAGGUCACAAUUUUAAUCUGAUUUUAAUGAAACUUUAAAUGCAUGUUUAUAACCCAAAGAUCUUGGUUCCUUUCGAUAUUUGCACAUAGCAGAUCUUAACUGCCUGAAUUAUGGUUCCUGAUUGUACGUGAAAUCGCCGAUUUUAGCUUGUGGUCCCUCUGGAGGUCACAAUUAUUAUCCGAAGGUUGAGCUCGAAUUUCGUGAAAUCGGACCAAAACUGUUGGACAAAAUUGCCGUCGCUUUUACGCGAAUUGUGUAAAAAUAUGGUAUAUCAAGGUUGUGGACCCUGUAGAGGUCACAAUUUUAAGCUGAUUUUGAUGAAACUUGAAAUGCAUGUUUAUAACCCAAAGAUCUUGGUUCCUUUCAAUAUUUGCACAUAUCAAAUUGUAACGUCAUGAAUUAUGGCCCUUGAUUGAAGGAAAAAUCUCUUUCUUUUUAGCUUGUUCUCUAUCCAUCUCUCAAAAAUGUGGGCGUAUCCUGCCUGGCAGCCGCUGGUUAGUCCAAUAUAUCAUCAAAUCACAUGGUUUGUAUGCAGGAAGACAUCUUUAAGAUAAAGGAAAUACCUCAGUUUUAAGUUGAAAGUUUGAAUAUAAGACAAAAUAUUAGGCAGUUGAAAUUUUUUUCACUUUUGUCUGAAAUUUUUAUUUGCUAUAGAAUUUGGAAUGAAAUCUGAUACUGGCAAUAGCCCCGUUAUAACUGCUUAAACUAUUAAUCCUGUUCAUUGAUAAUGAAAAGUGAAGUUGUGAAUUACCUUUUAUAUUGUAUAUAAUGUAUUUUAAUAAUAAAAAAAAUCUUAUUUAUUUACAA